GAGAAAAAAAAUGCAAAAAGCACAGAAACAGAUGACUGAUCAACUGUGAAAGGACAGCAAACUCCCAGACAGCUGAAUCCCUGGUAAAAUUUAGAAUAACAAACGAAAACAUUCACUACAGCUAAGAAAAAUAUGGACAAUAGUAAGCAAACUGUUGUUGUAACAGGGUUUGAGCCAUUUGGAGAGCACACUAUUAAUGCCAGUUGGGUAGCAGUCCAGGAACUGAAGAAGCUGGGCCUGGGAAAGGACAUAGACCUGCAUGUGUAUGAGGUGCCUGUCGACUACCAGGCAGUCCAGAGUUUGAUUCCAUCACUAUGGAAGCAGUAUCAUCCCCAGUUAGUGGUCCAUGUUGGAGUCUCAGGUAUGGCCACCACCGUUACCUUAGAGAAAUGUGGCCGUAACCAUGGCUACAAGGGUCUGGACAACAGCCGCUUCUGUCCCCAUUCUCAGUGUUGCAUUGAGGGGGGCCCAGACUGCAUUGACUCUGUUAUUGACAUGGAAUCGGUCUGCAAAAGAGUGACAGCCUCUGGACUAGGAGUAGCAGUCUCCGUCUCAAAAGAUGCUGGCAGAUACCUCUGUGACUUCACCUACUACACCUCUCUGUACCUGAGCCAUGGGCACUCAGCAUUCAUCCAUGUGCCUCCCAUAGAGAAGCCUUAUAGUGGAGUGGACUUGGGUAGGGCCCUCCAAGCCAUCAUACAAGAGAUGUUGGACAUGCUCGACCAAACCGAAGAGAAGAUCCACUGCCAGCGUGUGCACUAAUUUACCUGUGAAAGCCAACUGCCUUUAACCCCUUACACACGAGAGAUUAUGCACUUAACCACAACUAGCCAAACAACGUUUUUGUUUCAUUACCUCUUCUGGUGCAA